AAGCACAUUGUUCCCGCCCCCGGCCGGACCACCGCGCCGCCUCCACCCAGCUAUAAAGAGCGGCGGCCCCCGAAAGGUGUGGAUGCUGCUCGGCGAGGAGCCCGCGCCCGCGCCCGGGGCCAGGCUCUCCUCUGCGGCCGGCACCCCGCGUCGAGUCCGCGCCCCCGAGGCUGAAAAGGAAGGAGCCCUCGGAAGGCGCGCUGUCCCCGGGGCCAUGGACUCGGACGCCAGCCUGGUGUCCAGUCGGCCGUCGUCGCCAGAACCCGAUGACCUUUUCCUGCCCGCCCGGAGCAAGGGCGGCAGCGGCGGCGGCUUCACGGGGGGCACCGUGUCCUCGUCCACGCCGAGCGACUGCCCGCCGGAGCUGAGCGCCGAGCUGCGAGGGGCCGUGGGCGCGGCGGGCGCGCACCCCGGGGACAAACUGGGCGGCGGGGGCUUCAAGUCCUCUUCCUCCAGCACCUCAUCGUCCACGGCCUCGGCCGCCGCGUCCUCCACCAAGAAGGACAAGAAGCAGAUGACGGAGCCGGAGCUGCAGCAGCUGCGCCUCAAGAUCAACAGCCGCGAGCGCAAGCGCAUGCACGACCUCAACAUCGCCAUGGACGGCCUGCGCGAGGUCAUGCCGUACGCGCACGGCCCGUCGGUGCGCAAGCUCUCCAAGAUCGCCACGCUGCUGCUGGCGCGCAACUACAUCCUCAUGCUCACCAACUCGCUGGAGGAGAUGAAGCGGCUGGUGAGCGAGAUCUACGGCGGCCACCACGCCGGCUUCCACCCGUCGGCCUGCGGCGGCCUGGCGCACUCGGCGCCGCUCCCCGCCGCCGCCGCGCACCCCGCCGCCGCCGCCGCGCACGCCGCGCACCACCCGGCCGUGCACCACCCCAUCCUGCCCCCCGCGGCCGCCGCCGCGGCCGCCGCCGCCGCCGCCGCCGCCGUGUCCAGCGCCUCCCUGCCCGGCUCCGGCCUCAGCUCGGUCGGCUCCAUCCGGCCCCCACACGGCCUGCUCAAGUCCCCGGCGGCCGCGGCGGCCGCCCCGCUCGGGGGCGGCGGCGGGGGCGGCGGCGGCGGCGGCGGCGGCUUCCAGCACUGGGGCGGCAUGCCGUGCCCCUGCAGCAUGUGCCAGGUGCCGCCUCCGCACCACCACGUGUCGGCCAUGGGCGCCGGCAGCCUGCCGCGCCUCACCUCCGACGCCAAGUGAGCCGGCCGGCGGCGCGCGGCCGGAGGGCCGAGGGCUGCGGAGCCGCUGGGACAGGCCCGCGCCGGCUCGGCAGCUCUGCUGCCAGCGGGGAGCUGAACCCUGGGCCUGGGGGGUCCCGGGGAGCCCGGCGUCUGGGAGCAGAAGGAGCGGGGCCUUUGGAGCAGUGGGGAAGGGCGCCCUCGCUUCAGAACCCGGUCGACCCCGGCGGGACGCUGAGGCCGUACAAACCCGCCCCCUCCGUCGCCGGGACUUGUCUCUGUGCCCGCAGGAAGAGUCUACAGACUGACUUCUCCGUGUACUCGGUCGACUCCGGGUCUCGCCUUGGGCAGAGCCCCGGACGGCGAGGAGCGACGGCCUGGUGCCCGCAGGCGCACCCCGGCCCGGGCCAGGGCAUCAGGCUGGCGUGGGCACCCGGAGCACCUGGGGUCGCUCAUUUCCUCCACUGCGACACCCGUGUGGUCUCAGAGGUGUGGCCUUCCCCGUGUUGACUCGUGGUUUGCUAACAACUCUGCGAGUGUCCCGUUCAGGCCACCGAGCACGCUUUACAGACGCCCAGAAUAGAAGCACUUGUGGAAAGAUCCCAAACUACCGACAUGGGGCGGGAUGCUUCGUAGAUCUUAUUUUUAAAUAGAACCCCCCCAACCCCAGCCCUGUCUAAGCACAAGGUAAUUUGGUUUCUUAGCCGAUUGGGGACAGCUUUGGUGCCUGAGGGCUUGGCAGAACAUCAAAAACUUGAUGGGAAAUAUAGUUUGAGUUAUUUGGGAGAGGGUCUGUUUUUUUAAUACUGUGUGUGUAAAUAUAAUAUCAACGAAGUGCGCGACGCUACGCUCUUUGUUCACGUGACUGCCAGCCCCUCCCGAUAAGCCGUCUGUGUCGACCCCCCCCCCCCCGCCGUGUUAACACAAGUGGCGAACUCCUUCGGCGCUCCCGGCGCGACCUGCUUCACCACGCGGCCUCCCACGCCGGCCUCGAACACCCCACCUCUCCCGCGCCGCUCCUGCAGAGUCUGUCUAUCGCCUGUUUUAUUUUUGUAAAGAAAAAGAAGUGCUAAAUAAUAUUUAUUACUUGUUUGGUUGCAUAAAACAAAACAAAUGAUGGAGUGUUGAGAUUUUAAAUAAAAUUUAAAGUCAG